CAAACACCUUCCAUGUGUCUAAAAAAUUUUCUCCCCUUUCUCUCUCUGUAAAAUCCCCACAAAAGUCCCCAAAUUCCAUUGAUUUCAUAGCUCUUUAAGACCCAACAAAUAUUCAUCAACACCUCUUUAGAAUCCAUGGCUACUUCUUCUAUCUUUCUCUCAUUUCUUCUUCUUUGCAUCUGCAUUUCAUUUCUUCCAAUCUUCACUUCCGCUGAAGAUCCAACUGUUUCCUAUAAGUUUGAAGUUUCUUACAUCACUGCUUCACCUCUUGGAGUCCCACAACAGGUUAUUGCAAUAAAUGGGGAGUUUCCUGGUCCUACUAUCAACUCAACUACCAACAACAAUGUUGUUGUCAAUGUGAGGAACAAGUUAGAUGAGAACCUUCUUCUUACUUGGGCUGGUGUACAGCAAAAGAGGAGUUCUUGGCAAGAUGGUGUUCUCGGUACCAAUUGUCCGAUUCCUCCAAAGUGGAACUGGACUUACAAUUUUCAAGUUAAGGAUCAAAUCGGGAGCUACUUUUACUUCCCAUCACUCAAUUUACAACGCGCUUCGGGUGGAUUUGGUGGCUUUGUUAUCAACCCGAGAUCCGUUAUUCCCGUCCCGUUUGACACCCCGGCUGGCGAUAUUACAGUCUUGAUUGGUGACUGGUACAUAAGAAACCACACUGCUUUACGAAAGGCGCUUGAUGCUGGACAUGAUCUGGGAAUGCCGGACGGUGUUCUUAUCAAUGGAAAAGGACCGUAUAGAUACAACGAUACGCUUGUUCCUGAUGGGAUUGAUCACGAAACCAUUAACGUUGAACCCGGCAAAACUUACCGUAUUCGUGUUAGCAACGUUGGAGUGUCGACUAGUUUGAACUUCCGAAUCCAAAACCAUAACUUGCUUUUAGCCGAGUCAGAGGGAUCGUAUACGGUUCAACAAAACUAUACGAGCUUAGACAUCCAUGUCGGACAAACAUAUUCGUUUUUAAUCACCAUGGAUCAGAACGCAAGUAGCGAUUAUUACAUCGUUGCUAGCGCAAGAUUCGUGAACGAGUCCCGAUGGCAACGAGUCACCGGUGUCGGUAUCUUGCAUUACUCGAAUUCCAAAGGAAAAGCAUCCGGCCCGCUUCCCGAACCCCCUCAAGACCAGUACGACAAUACGUUCUCCAUGAACCAAGCAAGAUCCAUCAGGUGGAAUGUCUCGGCUAGUGGGGCCCGACCAAAUCCACAAGGCUCCUUCAAAUACGGUUCUAUCAACGUGACCGAAGUGUACAUACUGAAAAACAAACCACCGGUGACAAUUAACGGGAAAAAGAGGGCAACACUAAGCGGCAUUUCGUUCGUUAAUCCCACCACACCAAUUAGGCUUGCGGAUGAGUUCAAAGUCAAAGGCGCGUAUAAACUCGAUUUUCCUACCGAGCCACUUACGGGACCACCGAAGAUGGAAACAUCAGUUAUCAACGGAACAUAUAGGGGAUUCAUGGAAGUGAUAUUACAAAACAAUGAGACCAAGAUGCAUAGUUAUCAUAUGGAUGGAUACGCUUUUUUUGUUGUCGGAAUGGGUUACGGUGAGUGGACGAACGACAGCAGGGGAACUUACAAUAAGUGGGAUGGCAUUGCUCGAGCCACCACUCAGGUUUAUCCUGGGGCAUGGACGGCAAUCUUGAUCUCUCUUGAUAACGUCGGAGUUUGGAAUCUGAGAACCGAAAAUCUUGACUCGUGGUAUCUUGGUCAAGAAACUUACGUUCGAAUUGUCAAUCCCGAGAAAAACAACAAAACCGAGUUGCCCAUGCCCGACAAUGCUCUUUUCUGUGGGGCCCUCAGUCGUAUGCAAAAGCCUCAAGACAUUUCUUCGGCGUUGAGAGUGCAUGGAUCAGUGGCGAUUUUUGGUGUGUUGAUGGCGACGUUGAGUGGUCUGGUGCUAUGAUUUUAUAUUUAAGCAAAAUAUAACAUGCUCUAAAUGAAAAUAUUUAUGUGGUUUUAUUUAUGUUGAGGUAAGUUUUUGUUAAUUAUUUCGCUAAAUUCCCAGAAAAUUCUUGUGUUAGGUUCUGGGGAUUUCAUCAUUCUUUUAUUUUUACUUGAUUGAUUUGUGUAGUUGAAGAGGAAUUCUGUGUAAAAUUGUUUGUUUUAAUGAAUAUUUUUUAUUAUUCUAAGGAAGAUUAAGAAUGGUUAUUA